GCAUCCAAUCAAUUUUUGCUCAGCCAUAGGCGCUUUUAAGGAUAAAUUGAUGUGUUUGCCCUGAGCCAAUUAAUUCUAUUGCCCUGUCACCACAACGAUAACGCUCGUUAAAACCACACGUAGAUGGGAUUUCAGAUGGUUCUAUUAAGACAAAUCCACCCCCUCAUCGAUUUACACAAUUAAUGCUUCUUUUAUUCUUUCACAAAUCCAUACAAUUAACAAUCCUCUUAUCAAAACUCCAACUCACAAUAAUGGAUAUCAAACCAACCAAAGAGCUUUUAUAUGCAAUGGCUGUUGUCAUCGUUACCAUUGUCUAUUUCGCAUUUACAAUGGCUCCAACGGCGAAAACUACGAAGGUUAUAGAACCCACAAAGACCACAAAGAUAAAUCCGCUGCCUAAAAAGCUCAAAUGUUUUCGUAUCCGAGGGAUACCGAUCGAAACAACGAAAAAAUCUUUGGAAGAAGAGCUAAUGAGAUGCCUGCCAACAUAUGGGUCUGAUUGCUCUAUCACUCUUGCACGUUCAUCUUCUACCAGACUGAUGGCAACGCUAAAUUCGUUCGAAACCCCGAACUUGUCUUAUACUAUUGAUCAUGAUUUCCUCGGAGUUACACCACUCUUUGAAGGCGAUGAACCAUUUGUAGACAUCGUUUUUGUCCCAGGCCUAGGUAGCCAUCCGAUCGGUUCGUUCAAAGCAAAACACAAAGACUAUGUUUGGAUUCGAGAUUCUCUUCCUACAGAUAUAUCAUCUGCUCGAAUCCUGGCUUAUGGAUACGAUACAUCAAUUCUGGAUAGAAAUGCAAAACAAUCUAUUUCUGAUUUAGCAAAAGCAUUUCUCAGUUCUGUUAUAGCGUUUCGUUCGGCCACCAAGGCGAGCCAAAGACCCCUCAUUUUUGUAGCUCAUAGCUUGGGAGGUCUGCUAGUUAAGGAAGCUUUAUAUAUAGCUAUGAUAAGCGGUAAAAAUCCCGACAAUGUUGAUUUCUUCAAAUCGUCUUACGGCUUAAUGUUCUUUGGGGUUCCUAAUUUGGGCCUUAACAACAAGGCCCUCAUGCAGAUCGUAGCUGGAGGUCUCAACGAACAAAUGAUCAAGGAUCUUCAGGUGGCCGAUGAAGAUCAUGAACCAACUCAGUUUUUAAGCACGAUCAAACAAAACUUUAAGCAAUGCUGUAAGAGAGGACAAUUUCAGAUAAGAUCUUACUACGAACAGAAGGAAACCCAGAUGGUUAGAAAGUUGGACAAUGGAUCGUUAGUAAAGGAUGGACCACUUUGCUUUAUGGUUUCGAAGAGUUCGGCUUGUCAAAUCGGUAUUGAUGACAACUUUUGCUACGAAGAGGGACUUCUUAGAGAUCACUCAGAUCUGGUCAAAUUUUCUGAUCAGUCUGACGUUGAUUAUAUAAAGGUACUUCACACGUUGAAAGGUCUUGUCGAUAGAGCGCCUAAUAUUAUUGAAGCAAGGUUUGCUUCAAUCAAAAAACUCUCCUCGGCUGAAAAGCGCCAUUGGGAUGACCUAAAUAUUCCCCCUUAUGGAAAUUUCAAAGAAACCAAGAAAGUGCGAACGGCGGUCGAGGGAACUCUGCAAUGGUUGGUUACUGAUCAGCCCUUAGAGUUCCAGGAUCAUCCUGAAAGACUUCAAAAAAGCGACUUUAUCGAAUGGCGAGACUCUAAUCAAUCAUGCGUCUUGCUAAUCACUGGAACUCCUGGGCAGGGAAAGUCUGUUCUAUCCAACUUCGUGAUAGAUCAUUUGCAAGAACAACAAAAGCCUCAAAAUAAGAUUAUUUAUUACUUUUGUAAUAUCAAGAAUGAGGAAAGUUCCCGAACAGCAUCAUCCAUUCUCCGAUCUUUCAUUGUUCAACUCUGUGAGGACCAGCGAUUAUAUCACAAGCUUCCAAAUCGCUUUCAAAAUAAGGAUGAGAAGGAAUUUUUUACAGACUCCUUUGACAAUCUUUGGAGGAUCUUCCUCGAUUUGAUUUCAACAGACAUAUAUAAUCGGAUUUAUUGUAUCAUUGAUGGACUCGAUGUUUAUGGUACAGAAAUGAAGAGUCUUCUUGAAUAUUUAAACGAACACCUUAAGACAAUUCGCAUCGGAGAACCAUUUCUGAAAUUACUUUGUACAAGUAGGCCGGAAGAAUUUGUAGUGGAUAUUGCAUUUUCUCCUUCGAAAACUCUUUGUGCUUCGGAGGAGGACUUGACGACAUUUAUUAAAUCGGAGCUACGUUCAUUUAGAACAAAAUUCACCGAUGACAUGAAAGGGUACAUUUUGAAAGCUGCCAAAGAGAAAGCAGGUACGACAUUUCUUUGGAUAAGUAUACUCCUUCGCGAGAUUCAAGGCUUGAGGUUACCCUCUCGCAAAGACGUUGAGAAGAAAAUGAAACAAUUGCCUCUAGAGAUCAACGAUUUGUACAAAAGCCUUCUUCAGAAAGUGUUAGGAAGCCCAAAGGAUAUAGCAAUAUUAACCUGGAUAACAUAUGCAGCACGUCCACUUAGCUUUAAGGAAUUAGAGGUUGCCCUCGCCAUUGGCAUGACUGAAAACGCGACAAGCUGGAAAAACUGCAAAGAGGAGAAAAUCGUAUUGAAUGCUGAGGUUAUCCAAACGAGUCUAGGUAGCUUGAUAGAUGUCAUUGGCCCGAACCCUUUUCUAAUCCAUCAAACAUUACGCGAUUUUCUGAAAAGUUCAGGCAUAUUGGAAAAAGCAGAGAUAUUGAAUCAAUUUGAACGACCGGGAAUGCUCCUCGCCAAUACCUGUAUAUCUUAUCUGAAUUUCGACGACAUUGCGGAAGCUAAGAGAUUAAAAAUGCUAGAUGAGAUGUCCUUGCAUUCCUACGCUGCAGAGUUCUGGUAUGAACAUAUCGAUACAUUAAACGAAGCACAAAAUAACUUUGAACAAUUGAAGUGUCUUUCGAGUGCAAAAGGUCAGGCGAUCUGGUUGCCCAGUAACACACGUUAUAGUUCGCGAUAUGGCGAAAUUCCAGUAUCGAUUUGGACUCUUGCGAUUAUAAUUAACAAGGAAUGGUUCGCAAGGCUCCUUACAAAUACGAUCCCGAGCAGAAUAACAGAGGAAUUAGGCGAUCAUUACAUCCUCCCUGCUGCUGAAUCAAGUAUCAAUGUGUUUCGAGAAUUGUUAAAUGGGCUAUAUUCAGCGAGAGUAUCAAUAACAAAGGAAGUGAUAGAAGCAGCAGCAAGAAAUAAUGAGAGUGGGGAGGAAGUGCUGGAGUUAUUGUUUGAGGAACGAGGGGCAGAAGUGAUGAUUACAGAAGAGGUGAUGAAAGCAGUAGUAGGGAAUUGGAGUAGUGGAAAAGAGAUAAUGAAGCUUUUGUUUGAGAAACGAGGGGCAGAAGUAAUAAUUACAGAAGAAGUGGUGAAAGCAGCAGUAGGGAAUAGGGGUAGUGGAAAAGAGAUAAUGAUGCUUUUGCUUGAGAAACGAGGGGCAGAAGUAAUGAUUACAGAAGAAGUGAUGAAAGCAGCAGUAGGGAAUUGGGUUAGUGGAAAAGAGGUUAUGAUGCUUUUGCUUGAGGAACAAGGGGCAGAAGUAAUGAUUACAGAAGAAGUGGUGAAAGCAGUAGCAGGGAAUUGGAAUAGUGGAAAAGAAGUGAUGAUGCUUUUGCUAGAGAAACGAGGAGCAGAAGUAAUAAUUACAGAAGAAGUGGUAAAAGCAGCAGCAGGGAAUUGGUAUGGAAAAGAGAUAAUGAUGCUUUUGCUUGAGAAACGAGGGGCAGAAGUAAUGAUUACAGAAGAAGUGGUAAAAGCAGCAGCAGGGAAUUGGAAUAGUGGAAAAGAGGUGAUGAUGCUUUUGCUAGAGAAACGAGGAGCAGAAGUAGCUAUUACGAAAGAGGUGGUGGAGCUAAUAACAGGUCGGUUUGACAAAGAGGUGAUGAUGCUUUUGCUUGAGAAACGAGGGGCAGAAGUAAUGAUUACAGAAGAAGUGGUGAAAGCAGCAGCAGGGAAUGGGGGUAGUGGAAAAGAGAUAAUGAUGCUUUUGCUUGAGAAACGAGGGGCAGAAGUAAUGAUUACAGAAGAAGUGGUGAAAGCAGCAGCAGGGAAUAGGGAUAGUGGAAAAGAGGUGAUGAUGUUUUUGUUUGAGGAACGAGGGGCAGAAGUAAUGAUUACAGAAGAAGUAGUGAAAGCAGCAGCAGGGAAUUGGCAUGGAAAAGAGAUAAUGAUGCUUUUGCUUGAGAAACGAGGGGCAGAAGUAAUGAUUACAGAAGAAGUGGUGAAAGCAGCAGCAGGGAAUAAGAGGAGUGGAAAAGAAAUGAUGAUGCUUUUGCUUGAAAAACGAGGGGCAGAAGUGGUAAUUACAGAAGAGGUAGUAGAGCUAAUAGCAGAUCGAUUUGACGAAAAGGUGAUAACACUUUUGUUUGAGAAACAAAAGGCAGAUAUAGCAAUCACUAAAGAGGUGAUCAAGGCCGCCGCUACGAAUGUAUAAGAACCAGUUCUAAACGAUAUGGAUUUUGUAAGAUUGUGGAUACGUUAAAUGCUUGGAAAUAAACUCAAAGCUUCUUAGUAUCUUCCUUUUCCACGUUUUAGUCCCUUCCUAAUUGUCAGAGUCUGUUUGAGAGUAUAUCGAUAAUUGGUAUUAUUCACAAUCUAUGUGCUUUAUUUGUAAAGAUCAAGAUAGGAUUAUUGUAGCCAUAGAGAGGUACUGACGAGCACUUAAUACAUGAGUUCCUGAAUUUAUACUCUAACUACAGAAGGUAUGAUCUAUCGGCUAAAUACAGAGUUUUCGACAUGCGUUACAGUAGAAGCUGGAAGUAAGCUAUGGCGAUCAUAAUAUUUUUUGAGUCGUACACCAGAUGGUGCUAAGGGUAUCAAAGAUAUGUAUUUUAAUUUACAAAAUAUUCA